AUGCAUGAGAGCUCUUUUCAUCCUUACUACCCCCUUGAUGCCAACAUCGUAGGGUAUGAGCCCAACCAAACACCGCUUCUGGAGCUCCUCUUCUCUGCUGGUGGAGCCUGUACUAUACUCCUCGGUGUGACUUUUGUACUGGCCAGCUAUGUACGACCGACACUACGCUUGGCAGAUCGAAUUGCCAUUCUGUGGUUUGUCCUCUCCGGAACAGUGCACUGUUUCUUCGAGGGCUAUUUCAUGAUCCACCAUGAACACAUGGCAUCUGCCCAAGACCUGCUCGGGCAACUCUGGAAAGAAUAUGCCCUGUCCGAUUCUCGAUAUAUGACCUCGGACACGUUGGUCCUUUGCAUGGAGACCAUGACGGUGCUCCUGUGGGGACCCCUGUGCUUUGCUGUUGCAUACUUGACCGCAACCAGGCAUUCCCUGCGCCACCCAUUCCAGGUCAUUGUCUGCAUGAGCCAUCUUUACGGCGACUCGCUGUACUAUGCGACCAGUCUGGUUGACCAUGCCCAUGGACGGCCGUAUUGCCGACCUGAGCCGUAUUAUUUCUGGCUGUAUUAUUUCUUGAUGAAUUUUAUCUGGAUUGUAGUCCCGUUCUAUUAUCUGUGUGGCAGCAUCACCACUAUCUCGGCCGCAAUUAAGCGACAGGAACAGCCGGAAGACCAGAAGACUAAGUAG